CUCUUUUGUUGUGCUGUUUUUUAUCAAUCGCUUUCACUGUUCGCUCUGCUCGGAUGAGUCAGAUUUUGAAAAACAAAUUAAAAUCAAAUUUCGUGUCGAUUUCAGUUUAAGAAACUGCUGAAUCUGGCUGUUUGAAUUGUUGUAAUCCCUAGUCUUUAUUGCAAAAACAAACUACACAAGAUGGAGUGGCUAUUCGGUAAGAAAAUGUCCCCGGACGAAAUGAUGCGUAAGAAUCAGCGCGCCCUGAACAAAGCGAUGCGAGAUUUGGAUCGGGAAAAAAUGAAAAUGGAACAGCAGGAAAAAAAGAUCAUCGCCGACAUCAAGAAGCUGGCGAAGGAAAAUCAGAUGGAUGCGGUUAAAAUUAUGGCCAAGGAUUUGGUGCGGACGCGUCGCUACGUUAGGAAGUUUAUGCUCAUGAAGGCCAACAUCCAGGCGGUGUCGUUGAAGAUCCAAACACUGAAAUCGCAAAACGCCAUGGGAGAGGCCAUGAAAGGCGUCACGAAAGCCAUGACCAACAUGAACCGUCAGCUGAAUAUGCCACAGAUUCAGAAAAUUCUGCACGAAUUCGAGAAACAGUCGGAGAUAAUGGACAUGAAGGAGGAAAUGAUAAACGAUGCCAUGGACGACGCAAUGGAAGACGAGGGCGACGAGGAGGAAACUGAUGCCAUUGUGUCCCAGGUUCUGGACGAGUUGGGCCUGCAGCUGAACGACCAGCUGUCGGGAUUGCCUCAGGCUUCCGGAUCUCUGUCGGUGGCCGGUGGUGUGAAAGCUCCUCAAGCAGCAGCGAUGGGUGCGGGAGGAGCGGCCGGUGGCUCAGGAGCGGGUUCUCCAGUUUCGGAUGCCGAUGCGGAUCUUCAGGCCCGCCUGGACAAUCUGCGAAGAGAAUAGUCUGGAUUGCGCAGUUUGCGUGCCUAUUCCCACUACUCCAUUGAUUUUACUUCAAUAUGGUACCACCUAGUUUCGGGAUAAUUGAGUGUGAUCGCUACUUGCGCUGGAAUCGACAUUCGGAAAGAGAUCAGAGCAGAGCUGUAAUUGUUUUCAAGAUGUAAUAUCACCCCAUUGCGAUAUCUAUAUUAUUACCGUAAACUAUUAUUUUAUAAUUUAUAUUUGUCGAGAUUUAUUUGCUUGAACUGAAUGCAUCCGUUCAGAGUAAAUCAUAAAAAGGCCUUGAAAAUAUGUAUGCGUAGGACGGAGCUAAAUUUGCGAAUAAAUGUUUACA